AUGUCUUACAUAAUAGGGUUGGCUCGCACCCCUUUCUCGCCCGUUUUGGGAGCACUGGUGGAGGAAUCCAGUAUCGCGCUAGGAGCAACAGCACUUAAUGGGGCGUUAAGCCGCAGUCUUACGUCGCGCAAUCGCAUAGACCGUCUUGUGUUGAGCCAAGUUUUUUCCGCCGGUGCAGGGUCGUCACCAGCAAGACAGAUUUCAAUCAAUACGGGGCUGCCCAGCUCCACUCGAUGUUUCCAAACAAGCCAGCUAUGCACAAGCGGCCUGAAAGCCAUCAGUAUUGCAAAAGACGCGCUGGAUCUCCGCAAGUCACAACUAACGUCCGUAGUGGGAGCAGAAAGCACCUCACAAGCGCCUUUCCUUCUCACGAAGGCUAGAGCAGGUGGGUACGGGGUCGGAGACGACGUACUGGUGGACUCCGUAACAUCUGACGGGUUCACGAAAAUGGGCAUCGACGUGGAUAGCUUCACGAAAAACGCACGUAUAUCGAAAUUGGAAAUGGUGCAAUACGCCGCCGAAUCCUUCAGGCGUGCAGCAGCGUGCUACAGCGAUGGGAUAAUGCAAAUCGAAAUCGCUCCUGUAAUAGUGAAAAACAAGCGAUCGGCGGCGCGUGAGGGCGAAGCGUGGAUAUCACACCCGCAUACGAAACUGGUCGAAGAUACUUUGCCCAGACAUUUUGUACCCAAGCAUGCGUCUGCUUCCACAAUCAAAACAAAGAGUACCAUGGCAGAUGGGGCUUGCUCUUUGCUACUGUGCGACGACGGAUUCCUUCGAGAAAGCGGAGCGACCCCCUUCGCACGCAUCCUGGAUUGCUGCGAGCUGAGCACGGAUUCAGACAGGUUCCCCGAUGCCUUAACUGAUGUUAUCAGGGAGUGUAGUCGUCGAGUGAACUCACGAAUUGAUAUUUACGACAUCAACGACCAGUACGCAUUCCUGCCAAUAUAUGUUGCCAAGGCCCUAAAUAUCGACCAUUCUCGCAUCAACGUUCACGGAAGCACCAUCGCGAUAGGGCACCCCAUGGGUAGGUGUGCAACAGGAAUACGUCAGAUUAUCUCACUCGUAACAGCACUGCGUUCGCAAGGGUUGCAAUACGGAUGUGCUGCCGGAGCGAAUGCGGUGGGAGAUGCUAUAGCCGUGAUACUGGAAGUGCCUUAA